CCGCUGUCCAUGGCAUAUCCAGGAUUUGUGGAGUGUAAGAUUAGAGCUCGACGUUGUUAUAAAUCUCUGCGUCCCCAUUCAGCCGUACGGCAGCGGGUGGGCAGAUCUUUGCUGAGGGUCUGUGACUGAAGUGGAUAUUUAGCUUUAAGUUUUUCAGUUGUUCUUUCAUUCUUUUUCAAGGAGACAAGAAUAUUAGAUUUUUUUCAUUUUAUUUUUUUUAGAUUAGUUUAUUUAGAAUUUGUAGCAUUUCGCCUUUAUUUUAUACUGUCACAUUAACUUGUCUUGGAUUUUUCGGGAUGAAUUACUGCCUACCAGACAUGUAUGAGAUGUCUCACUCUGUGGUUGGAGAGUACCCCGUUCAGGGUGCUGGAGACCACUUUGUGUAUCAAAGCGAAGGGUUCGGGUACGAACAGUGUGAACCUCAACCCCUGCACCAUCCACCCUGUAUGGAGCAGUCUUGGCCAUCCGGCCAGCACUACGCUUGUUUGUACAGCGGCGUCCCGCCUGCUUUGAAGAGUGACUUCUGCAGCAUGGAGGUUCCGCUAAAUACCUUCCAUCUUCAUCAUGAAUAUUUUCCGGAGAUCAAAUCCGACCUGUCACACUGGAUGCAAGGGUCACACAAGAAAGGGUACAUACCGAGUUACCUGGACAAAGACGAGCUGUGUGUAGUCUGUGGGGACAAAGCCACAGGCUAUCAUUAUCGCUGUAUUACCUGCGAAGGCUGUAAGGGAUUCUUUAGGCGUACGAUACAGAAAAACCUCAACCCAACCUAUGCUUGUAAGUACGAGGGAAAAUGUGCCAUAGACAAAGUGACCAGAAACCAGUGCCAGGAAUGUCGCUUCAAGAAGUGCUUAUCGGUCGGAAUGGCUACGGACUUGGUGUUGGAUGAGGGCAAGAGGCUUGCCAAGCGCAAGCUGAUUGAGGAAAACCGUGAGCGGCGUCGCAAGGAAGAAAUGCAGAAAACGGCGUGGGAUCGACUGGAUCCUACUCAGGAAGAGUGGGACUUGAUCCACAUGGUUACCGAGGCCCACAUGGCCACAAACGCACAAGGAAACCACUGGAAGCAGAAGCGGAAAUUCUUGGUCGAGGAAACAAUGCUUCUUAAUGAAAUAACAUGUAAUUUAUUCUAUACUUCUGACCAGAGUGCAGCAGGGGUGAAGGAAACUAAGCCUACCAAUAUUGGUCAUUCAUCAACGGUGAAUAACUCUGAAGGAAAUAAAGUGGACUUAGAGGCUUUCAGCCAGUUUACUAAGAUUAUCACCCCUGCCAUAACCCGAGUGGUGGACUUUGCCAAAAAACUACCCAUGUUUUGUGAGCUGCCGUGUGAAGACCAGAUCAUCCUCCUGAAAGGCUGCUGCAUGGAGAUCAUGUCACUGCGAGCUGCUGUUCGCUACGAUCCAGAGAGUGAGACCCUCACGUUGAACGGAGAGAUGGCUGUCACGCGAGGUCAGCUUAAGAACGGAGGUCUGGGCGUCGUUUCGGACGCAAUCUUCGACCUUGGCGUGUCCCUCUCCUCUUUCGACUUGGAUGAUUCUGAGGUGGCUCUUCUACAGGCCGUCAUUCUGCUUUCGUCUGACCGACCGGGCUUGAGUAACGUGCAGCAAAUUGAGCGCUGCCAGGAGGAGUUCCUGCUGGCGUUCGAACACUACAUCAACCACCGCAAACACAAAGUAGCUUAUUUCUGGCCCAAGCUGCUCAUGAAGGUGACGGACCUUCGAAUGAUCGGCGCCUGCCAUGCCAGCCGAUUCCUUCACAUGAAGGUCGAGUGUCCCAAUGAGUUGUUCCCGCCUCUCUUCCUGGAGGUUUUUGAGGACUGACCAAUCGAUUCAAUGACAUUUGUGUGUGUGUGCGUGUGUCACCACGUGGACACCCUUAGCUCUUUCAAAUACAGGUCUAUCACCUUUGAAUAAGCACAA